AGCCGUAAGUAAGAAACGAAUUUCUUUUAACCCCACUUACGCCCAAAAAAGAAAAAAAAAUACACAUACAUAUAUAUAUAAAAGAAGCAAUAUUUGUGGAGAUCUCCUAUAUAAAUAUUCAUAUUUUCCCGCGCAAUCAGCAAACGGUGCAUAUUUCUAUAUGUACUUUCGAACAAAGUGAAAAUAACUGCGAGUAUUUACUUCUCUCUCAUUUUUUUCCACACAUAAAUUUUGAUAUAUGAGCGCGCAUACAUAUAUGCACACACACAAACGUUCACUUAAAUAUUAAAUAGUUAAAAGUUAAUAAACUCCACAAAUAUCAGCUUAUCUCUGACCCCUCAUAAAAUAUUAAUAUAUACUUAUAUACCUAUACAUAUAUACAUUACAUAUAUACAAAUAUAACAAAAAGUGCGGUAGGGUGAUUGAAUUUUUUGCUCAAGCGGGUACAGUGGUACGAACACAUAUUUCGAAGCGACAAAUUUUUCUAUUACUUCUCGUGUUGCGAACACUAUAUUGCGGUCAUUUUAUUUCUCAUAACUGAUCAACUCACUCCCCUUUUCUCUUGAUUUAACAAAUGCUUGGUGCCCCUCAAAUAGAUAAAUCAAAAAGCCCAAAGAUGAGUGACGAUGAAAAAACCCAAGGUACUUCCACGGAGUCCCAACGCUCAACGCGUACAAGUGGAAAGUCAGCCACGAAGAAAUCCAAGCAGUCGUUCGCUUCUAUUAAAUUUAUAUCAGAAACAGAUAAUUUCAUGGACUACUGUACUCGUUUCAAGUCCACCCCAAUCCAAGACAACACCGAGUCAAGUCUGAAAAUAAAAGACAAUAAUUGCGAUAACUUUUGGAAUCGGGUCCAAAUCUCUUACGAUACGGUCUUAGAAACUGAAGAUCAGGAUCUCCCCGAAGAUUUCAAGUCAGCCGCGUACAAUAAAUACAGGUCUUGUCUUAUAAUGUAUGAAGACACAAAAGCCCAGAUAGGUGACCAACUUCUGUUACUCAAACAAAGGAGUGAUCCCAUUCCCCAUGCCGGUACAUCACAACCCAAAGAAGAAACAGGCUUCGGCUUAAAAGUCCCUCCUUGCGACACUGAGAUAUUUUACGGGGGUUAUGAACAAUGGCCGUCCUUCCGUGACAUGUUCACCGCGGUCUACAUUAACCACCCAAAACUCACAAAUGCUCAGAAGUUGUACCACCUCCGGUACAAAACGCAAGGCAAAGCCGGCCAAAUAGUCAAACAAUUCCCGUUAAGUGAUGACAACUUCGAACUGGCAUGGGAAGCCCUAAGAGCACGAUAUGAAAAUCGCAGAGUCUUGGUAGAUAACCAAAUAAAAACCCUAAUGAAUUUGAAACCAAUUCAAGUUGAAAAUAGCGAGGAUAUACAGAGAUUACAAUCUUCUGUAAAUAACUGCCUUCAAAUCCUCGCUACCCAGCAAGUUUCGACAGAGAGUUGGGACCCCAUCCUCAUCUAUCUGGUCACCUCCAAACUUCCGGAGAACACAGUAACUCUGUGGGAACAAUCUCUCAUCUCCAGAAAAGACCUCCCCAACUGGUCCCAGAUGAACCAGUUUCUGACUACUCGCUAUGAGGUGGUAGAAAGAGUAGAUCAGUGGCGCCCAGCCAAGGUUAAAUCGAUCCCCCCGCAUACAAGCUACCCCAAACAAAACCCAUACGCAUUUAAAAGCAAUAAUUCACAUGACACUCACAAUAAAUCCCAUUCAAAGAUCCAAUCUCAUAUGACAGAGCAGCGCACAAUGUAUAAAUGUGCAUUAUGCAAAACCUCUCAGCAUCCCAUUUACAGCUGCUCUCGCUUUAAAAAACUGUCAAUUCAGGAUCGGAAAAAAUUUGUGAGAGAUAAUCACAUGUGCUUAAACUGCUUAUCCCAAUCGCAUUUAAUUAAAGAUUGCAGAAGCCCUCACAAUUGCGCUCAUUGCCAAGAACGGCACAACUCAUCACUCCAUGAUGACGCACUCUCAAAAAAUUCAUCAACUCCCCGAGUGCAUAAGGCCUCAUCUCAAGUGGCAACUACCACCUCCACCAGUGCCAGUCUCCAAACUCCCCAGUCUCUGGAAGAACAAGACGAGCAACCCUCGUGUUCAAAUAAGUCCCAGGUACAAUCCUUCUACUCCGAAAAUGAAAGUAAAGUACUACUCCCGACGGCAAUCGUCUCCGUUGAACACAGAGGGGAACUCUUCAAACUAAGAGCCCUCAUUGAUCAGGGCUCAGAACGGAGCUUCAUCUCCUCCAAAGCGCAACUCAAAUUGAGACUACCAUGUCGAACCUCCAAUUUCGAAAUCUCAGGAAUGGGUGGAAGGGUAGUCCAAACCUCGAAAAAAUUAUGCUCUCUGGUUCUUGUCUCAAACGAUUUAUCCACACGGAUUAAAGCACAAGCAAUCGUCCUCCCACAGCUAACCAAAUUGCUACCCAAGUUCCAACCCACUCAAGAACAACGGGAAAAAUGGUCUCAUCUCACCUUAGCAGACGCCAAUUGCCACUCCCCAUCCCAAAUAGACUUAGUCAUUGGCAGCGACCUGAUCCCACAAAUUGUGCUAGAAGGGGUUGAAAAACUCUCCAAAAACUUAUUAGCACAAAACACCAUAUUUGGGUGGAUCCUUAGUGGUCAAGUCCCCAAUCAAAUAAGCUCGUUUUCGACCCAAGUAGACGAAGUCUCAAAUGAGAAUCUCGAUUCCCAACUUCGAAAAUUUUGGGAACUGGAAGAAAUCCCCACUCCCAAAUCUCUCAACUCUGAGGACCGAGUGUGUGAAGACUUUUAUAUAUCCACCACAUCACGCACAUCUGAUGGUCGUUACAAAGUGCGACUCCCAUUUAAGCACAGUUUCCCAGACCAACUCACCUUAGGUCGAUCCCGUGCCCCAGCUCUCCAGCAAUUCCUCAGUAUGGAGAAAAAUCUUCUCAAAAAAGGCGAGCUAAAAUCCCAGUACGACCAAGUCCUCGAGGAAUAUAUAACACUAGGUCAUAUGGAAGAAACAACUUCCUAUGAGAAAUCCUCAGGAAACAAAUACUCGUCAUUUUAUUUACCCCACCACGCGGUUGUAAAACCUGAAAAAAGAACGACAAAGGUGCGUGUUGUCUUUAAUGCAUCGAAAAAAUCAACUUCCGGUAACUCGUUAAACGAUGUCCUCUACACCGGGCCAACCCUCCAACCCGAUUUGAUGCUAUUAAUCCUCAAAUGGCGCACGUACCAAUUUGUCUUUAAUGGCGAUGUAGAAAAAAUGUACCGCCAAAUACUAUUACACGAUGAGGACCAAGAUUACCAGAGAAUCAUAUUUCGCUCCUCCCCAAAAGGUCCAAUUCAAGAUUUCAAACUAAAAACCGUCACGUUUGGUCUCAACUGCGCCCCUUAUCUCGCAAUACGCACCCUUCACGAACUCUCUAAAGAUAUAAAAGACACACUCCCGAUGGCGUCCCCAAUACUAAUGAGCGAAACAUAUGUAGACGACAUACUUUCGGGUGGGCACUCUAUCCUCUCAGCCUCUGAAUCCCUUUCUCAAGUCAGACAAGCUCUUCUGUCGGCAGGCUUCCCCCUUAAGAAAAUCACGGCCAACCAUCCUGAUAUCCUCAAAACCGUUCCCAUCGCCGACGUGCUCGAUUCACAGUUUCUCGAAUUCGAAAAGGCAAGUACGACGAAAACGCUCGGGAUUCAAUGGAAUGCCAUAAAAGAUGCAUUCUCAUAUACCGUUGAGUCCAUCCCAGUAACCACAGCGAGCACGAAGCGACAAAUCCUCUCCUCUGUCGCCAAACUUUUCGACCCCGCAGGAUGGCUAGCGCCGAUAAUGAUUCAAGCCAAAAUUCUCUUGCAGGAGCUAUGGCUUGAUGGAACCGACUGGGAUGAACAGGUAAAACCCAUCCGUCUCGUCAAGUGGACGCAGUUCGCGAACAACUUAAAAGCCAUAACAGCAAUCCAAAUUCCUCGUUGGGUGAACUAUUCUCCAGGCCAACCUGUUGAGCUGCAUGGUUUUUGCGACGCGUCUGAGAAGGCAUAUUGCGCCAAUAUUUACGUCAGAGCGAUACGAGAAGAAAACAUAACGUGUCACCUCCUAGUCUCUAAAGGCAAAGUGGCGCCCCUAAAAACCACCAGCUUACCACGUCUCGAACUAUGUGGAGCCCUUCUUCUAGCCAAACUAGUGUCGGUCGUCCAAUCUCAGCUCAAUCUCCACCCGCAAGCUUUGAUUUUGUGGUCUGACUCCGAAAUUGUGCUCUCAUGGUUGGAAAUAAUCGAUCUGGUCGGAAAUGCCACCUGGCGGCAUGUACGAACUCACGAUAAUCCCGCCGACAUGGGUACAAGAGGAUGUAAACCUCUCGACUUGGCAGCCUCCUCACUGUGGUGGAAGGGUCCGGAAUGGCUCACCAGCCCCGCGGAAUCUUGGCCGAAAGCUUCACGACGCACAAUCAACAAUCCACCCGAAGUACGCCGAAUUGAAGCGUUACACACCACCGAAGAAGAACCCGACAUUCUGGAUCGUUUCUCCUCCUUCCCACGCGCACUCCGGGUUUUGACUCACGUUUUUCGAUUCAUACGGACUCUGAAAACCCGAACAAGCCACAUAAUAGUUCACCCUUUACCUCUGGCGCACGAUGACUUCCGAAACACUAAAGUCCAGCUCAUCGCCUUAACUCAAUCUCGAUAUUUCUCCAAUGAAAAGAGGAAUUUGUUAGCUUCGAAGCCGAUCGAUAAACGGAGCCCGCUUCUCACCUUAAACCCAUUUCUGGACAAAGAUGGACUUCUACGUGUGAACGGUCGACUGGCGCACUCAACGCUAAGCUACAAUGAACGCCACCCCAUCAUUAUUCCCGAGAAAUCCCGAUAUGCUGCACUCUUUUUACGCUUCCUGCAUGAGCUGCUCUUGCACGCCGAAACCCGUCUUAUGCAGCAGGCGAUCAGACAGGAGUUUUAUAUCCCUCGGCUCAAGCCACUCAUAAAAAAGUGCAUUUUUCAAUGCAAACCCUGCACUGUCCACAAGCAGCAAAUGCGCUCACAAAUAAUGGCAGCCUUGCCACCCUCACGAUGCACCUUCGCUCCGCCCUUCACCACAACGGGUGUUGAUUUUGCUGGCCCCUUUCAGGUGAAGGCUUCCAUGCUAAGAUCGCCCACCCUCGUGAAAGGCUACGUGGCCGUUUUUGUAUGCUUCACGACAAAAGCGGUUCACCUUGAGUUGUGCUCGAAUUUAACUUCAGAGGCCUUUCUGGCUGCAUUUGCUCGCUUUGUUGGCCGGCGAGGCUAUCCCGCCACCAUGAUGAGUGACAACGGCAAAACCUUUGUCGGUGCCAAAAGAGCCACUGAGAAGGAGUUUAUCACCUUCUCGAAAGAAGUAUCCCGGGAAAUCGUCAAAAGAUAUGCCGCUCAAGGUAUAAACUGGAAAUUUAUUCCCCCCAGCGCCCCUCAUAUGGGUGGUUUAUGGGAAUCCGCAGUCAAAAGCUUCAAAACGCAUCUCAAGAAGACUGCCGGAUCACAUAAAUUCACCUUCGAAGAGUUUACCACCCUAUUAAUCAGAAUAGAAGCCGUGUUAAACUCACGACCCAUCUCUCCCCUAUCUCAGGACCCCUCAGAUUUUACCGCACUCACCCCCGGGCAUUUCCUUAAGGGAUCCCCCCUGUUGUCUCUUCCUGAAUCGAACCAUGAAAACUUAUCUCUACUCAAUCGGUGGGAAAAGGUCAAAGUUCUACACCAUCAGUUUAGCCGACGAUGGAAAGAGGACUAUCUCAAGGACCUGCACAAACGGCACCGAUGGAAAGACACCCGUAUUGAGCCGAAAGUCGGCGAGUGCGUCCUCAUCAACGACGAUACGCUUCCGCCCACUGAGUGGCGCCUCGGACGCAUCGAAAGGACACGGCCCGGCCCCGAUGGCCACAUUCGUGUUGUCGAGGUACGCACUCAAACCGGCAUUCUCACACGGCCGAUAGUUAAAUUAUGUUUUUUGCCACCGGCCGAACUUCCACUCAGUCCCAAUGCGACCGAGUAACCCUACACCAUCAUCAUGAUUCUGUACCACUUAUGCCACAAACCGCUUGAUCGUAAACUUGUCUCGCCUUCAAUCACCAUACGCGCCUUUUCCCCAAAAUAACAAUUAUAUACUUCUCUGUCUCAUGACCCACGAUACUCGAUAUACGUCCCACUAAAAUUAUACAUCAACACAAC